GGUGGGCGGUGAUCCAAUGGAUUGUCUUCUUAGAAGCUUUUUUUAAUCGCCAGUGAGCUCAUUUAAGUUUAAAGAUAAAACGGUAUACGUGUAGCUAGGAUUUUUUUUAUUAAUAUUUUGUUGAUAAUAUAAGCUCCGCACAAAGAAUGAGAAGAGUAACGCUCUUCAUUAACGGAACCUCUAAAAAUGGCAAGGUUGUGGCGGUCUACGGCACCUUGUCCGACUUGCUGUCCGUGGCCAGCAGUAAGUUAGGAAUCCGAGCUACGAGCCUGUACAACGGGAGAGGAGGCCUCAUCGAUGACAUCGCACUUAUUAGGGAUGAUGAUGUCCUCUAUGUAUCUGAGGGUGACCCCUUUGUCGACCCGCAGGACGGUGUCCGUGGACCAGAACAGCGCUCCGGAGCUCACACAGACUGGCUGACUCUGAACAUCGGUGGUCGCCUCUUCACCACCACCCGGAGCACCCUGGUCAGCAAAGAGCCAGAAAGCAUGCUGGCACACAUGUUUAGAGGCAAAGAUGUGUGGGGCAACAAGCGAGAUGGGCAGGGGGCCUACCUGAUAGACCGCAGCCCGGAGUACUUUGAGCCCAUCCUGAACUACCUUCGGCACGGGCAGCUCAUUGUCAACGAUGGCAUCAAUCUGCUGGGAGUUUUGGAGGAGGCGCGGUUCUUUGGAAUCGAGCAGCUCGCUGAGCAGCUGGAAGGGGUGAUAAAGAAUUCCCAGCCUGCGGAGGACCAUUCUCCCAUCUCCCGAAAGGAGUUUGUGCGCUUCCUGCUCGCGACACCCACCAAAUCUGAGCUUCGUUGUCAGGGUCUCAAUUUCAGCGGAGCAGAUCUUAGCCGUCUAGAUCUGCGGUACAUCAACUUCAAGAUGGCCAACCUGAGUCGCUGCAACCUCACACACGCAAACCUGUGUUGCUCCAACCUGGAGCGGGCUGACCUGUCUGGGGCCAACCUGGAUGGGGCAAACUUGCAGGGUGUGAAGAUGCUUUGUUCCAAUGCGGAAGGAGCAUCUCUGAAAGGCUGUAAUUUUGAAGACCCAUCUGGCCUGAAGGCCAAUUUGGAAGGCGCCAACCUGAAAGGUGUGGACAUGGAAGGCAGUCAGAUGACGGGCAUCAACCUGCGCGUGGCGACGCUCAAGAACGCCAAGCUGAAGAACUGCAACCUGAGGGGGGCCACUCUGGCAGGCACUGACCUGGAGAACUGUGACCUUUCUGGCUGUGACCUUCAGGAGGCCAACCUGCGGGGAUCUAACGUGAAGGGCGCCAUCUUCGAGGAGAUGCUGACCCCUCUGCACAUGUCGCAGAGUGUCAGAUAACCUGCCCACCCCUACCAUCUCACUGUAGCUCCUUCCUGGGACCCUGGCUGGCUUACCCCGCCCCCCUACCCCCUUCAUUCCAGCAGUAGGUGUCCGGUAGACUCCAGCCUUUCCCACCAGCCAGAUCCUAGGAAACAUUAUGCAAUCGUAGCAUUUCUUUACUGUGCUGAACCCUGGCAUCCCACCCGGAUCUGUCAGCUUUAUUCUCUUGCACUAGGGCGGCGCCGGGGUCGUUGUCAUUCUUCCACUUCUCAUUCUGAACGCUUGUCCCAAUUAAGAAAACGCGACGCGGCGGCAUCCACUGUGAAGGGGAUGCGCGUCCGUGGUAUUCAGCACUUGGCUAGCGGAACGUGCGCAGCUGCCGUUAGCUGAGGGUUCAGCUGUAGGCCAAGGAGUUGGAGACGCGGUGCGAACUGGUGCCUCCCUGUUUACGAAGGACCACCUUAACGGAAUGUAAUGGUAUCGUGUACGUCAAUGCCAAACCAGUUAGCGCGCUUGGGCAACACAUCUUAGGCAUAUUACCGUAUAAGAAUGUAAUGGAUUCAUAUAAUUAAGAUGUAAGAUGCAAUUCUAUAUCCAGCUAACGGUUGACGUAUGCAGCUUUGAACAGUGUUUAUCCUGUGUGCGUGUGUGUAUGUGUGCGCGUGCGUACCCCCACGCCCCAGCCUGCAACGUGCAGGAUCUUACGCCAAGUAUUGUAGAAGUUAAACGCUGCUUGACACGCAUUUUCCGGAAGCGUUGAAUCUACCUCCCCUUCAGCAUGUCAGUCUUGGCUGCCGUGCAUUUCAGCAAUUUCCCUGACACCCCCCCCCCCCCCCCCCGAACCCAACAUACCAACAUGACCUGCCUCUUGUGUUUUCUUUUUCACAUGGCUGGUCGUCUUGUGUCCAGCCCUGCACACAUGUAACGUGACGAAGUUCACGACGUCAAGGCAUCUACAAACCAAAAAAAUGCAUCGUGACAACAUGAAGCUUUUCUUUUCUGCACCAAAUACAACAUGGAGGACAGUCAUGGGCCGGCACUCCUGUAGAACAUCUUAUUUAUUACCUGUAUGCAUCACACCAAAACAUUAUCUGCACUAUUUCCAGCUGCACACAGAUAUCCACGAAUGGUUUUUUUUUUUUUAUAAGCAAUCAAUUAUAUUAAUCCAGUUGCAAAAAAUAAUAACAUUGUUGAAUGUGCUUUAGAACAUUCCUAACUCCUAAGGGAUUGCAGGCCUCGUCCUUCCCAUGCUGUUCCUUACAUAUUUAAGGAUCAUCACUGCUGGACUGUGACAAUGAUAAUGCAGCUCUGUGUUGCUAAGUUGCUUUUAACGAGCAUAUGUUCCGCAUCUGCGACCUUGUAUUCAUCUAGGAAACCUUGUUUUCUAAUAGUUUCAUAAGUGCCAGCAGCUAUGUAGCGCUUUAAAGGUGCAGCAACUAUUUUUUUCUCCUCUUAAGGUACUCUUAGUAAUGAAGGCAAACAGAGUAAUCAGCACUAUGAACAUUGAAGCUUUUUGCAUAUACAAACCUCAUUAAAUGUGUUAUUUAUUUGAAUAUGUAUUAUACCAUAUUUAUAUAUGCAGGAGUGAAGGUAAAUUCUGUCUCAGGACUGGGUGUAUGACAUCUCCAUAUGUUCAGUUUUGUGAUUAAUUGCACUCACUCAGCCAAGGAAGAGUGUUUUCCUGAAUAGACUGUUAAGAGAAAUCAA